AUGUGCAACGGAAUUGUUAUCGUCUACACAGAUAGGUGUGAACUGCAAGGGGAGUUAGUAUGUCGAAGCAGAAGAGCAGCGUGUGCAAACAUUUCCCAAAUAUAUAGCAUUGACUUUGAAGAGAAUUUGCAAUUAAUUAUCGUCACCACUGCGCCUAACCGAGUUUCCAUUUUUGACGACAAGAACGUUUUCUUCAUUUACAAAUGCGGGGGUCAUAUAAAUUGUACUAAACUGGAGGAGGUAAACACGUUUUUAAAUUCUCGCAGGGUUGGGGGAGAAAAUGCCGCGAGGAGUGGCAACGCGUCACUCCUCACAGCCCUGAGGCAAUUUCCCCCAAAUGAUGCCUCACAUAGUGACAUACCUUACAAUACGCGCGGUAGUAAAGACCGAUUUGGGGCACAACAUAGGUUAAUGAACCCCCCAUGGAUGCGAAAUGUAGAAAUGGAUUUUAAAAUUAUAGCACCAGUGGCGGACGGAGAAAUAACGAUUUCGAAUUUUACCUUAUGUCUCUUCGGAAAAGAUCGCAAUUUGCCUAACUCUUAUAGAUGUAUGAAUGAGUCCUGGGGGCAAAAGACGGGGAGCACUUUUGCCAAUAGGCGUACACAUCAUUGGGACAAAAGAAAGAGUCCGUUCUGCAAAUGA